GCGUCGUGACGCCGCCAUCUUUGAGCCUGCGCUAUAAUAAUAUUAUUAAAAAAUUUAAAAAAUUAAAAUAAAUAAAAGUUUGUAUUUGUAAUAAAAGACGCAGAGGGCGGGCAGACGCUGCUUUGAAGCGAGGCGUCGCGGUCGAGCGGCUCCCCUCCAGCGAGCUGUCGCGAUGUCACUGGUGGAUUUGGGAAAGCGUUUGUUAGAAGCAGCUCGGAAAGGCGAGGACGAUGAAGUCAGAACGCUAAUGGCAAACGGUGCUCCCUUCACGACAGACUGGCUAGGAACGUCUCCCCUCCAUCUAGCAGCUCAGUAUGGGCACUACUCCACAGCAGAGGUGCUGCUCAGGGCCGGUGUCAGCAGGGACGCCCGGACCAAAGUAGACCGGACCCCCUUACACAUGGCAGCGUCGGCGGGCCACUCUGACAUCGUGGAGCUGCUGAUCAGGAAUGGAGCAGACAUCAAUGCCAAAGACAUGCUGAAGAUGACAGCUCUUCACUGGGCAGCGGAUCACGGGCACAGGGAGUCGGCUGAGCUGCUGGUGAAGUACGGGGCCGACGUUCACGGGCUGAGCAAAUUCGACAAGACCCCCUUCGACAUCUCCGCUGACAACCGCAACACAGAGCUGAUGCUGCUGCUGCAGGACGGAAUGCAGAACCAGCUGGACUUGAACCCGGAUCGCUCGGUCCCGGUCAGCAAUGCCGUGACCCUCUCCACCCCGCAGUUCAUCUUCUCGUCGGGAGGAGUGCUGAACCUCUCCGAUCUCGUCUCCUCCUCCACCACGAAGACUACCUCAGGUGAAACGACAGUCUCUUCCACCUCUGUGCUGGCAACACUAGCAGCUCUGGCAGAAGCAUCAGGGCCAAUGUCAAAUUCAAACAGAUCAGGUGACUCGGAGGAGGUGAUCACGGUCGACUCGGUGGAUUCCGCGAUACAGCAGAUGGUGAGCGGUGGAGGUCAGCGGGUCAUCACCAUAGUAACCGACCAGCACGGCAACCUGCAGACCAGCGGGCUCGGGCAGCAGUUCAUAGUGACCAUGCAGGACGGACAGCAAGUGCUAACGCUCCCGGCCGGUCACAUCACAGAGGAGGUGGUGGAGGAGGACCAGCCCGUCCCGGCCAAGAAGAGGAGACUGGAAACGCCGCUGAAUCACACGGCGCUAAACGACAAGCAUCCUCAGACUGGGACAGAAGCCCAUAAAGACCGCCUGGAGAGGAAGGAGCUUCAGAAGCAGCUCCAUGCAGCGAACUGCCAGGCGCAGGAGUACCGACAGCAGCUCCUGAGGAAGGAGCAGGAGGCUGAACAGUACCGGCUCAAACUGGAGGCCAUGGCCCAGGUGCAGAGCAAUGGGAAACAGGAGGAGGAGGAGGAGGGAGCGGGGCUAGGGGUGCAGGAGGAGGAAGUGGUCACUGGCCUCCCCGAGGGGGCCAUCGUCGUCAAAGCAGAGGAGCUGGAACAGGAAGAGGAAGUGACGCUUUAGUUUCCUGGAAAGGAAGUUGACUUUAGCAUCACCCCCCCUCCCCCUCCUUCUGCUAACAUCAAAAGUGACCCCGUUUUCUGCCUUGUAAACCUGAGAGCAAAAAUAUUCCCUGAACAAAAACAUAAAUUGUUUGGGAGGGAGAGAUGGAAAAGCCUUUUAAAGCAGCCCUCUUUAAAUAAUAAUAAUUAAAAAAAAAUAUCACUUAUAACCACCACUGCAGACAUUCCUAGAGUCAGUAGACCCUGUGAUGACUGAAGCCUUGAAUAAGACCCUGUCCAAUUGUGCACCAGAGGCAUGUCCUGUUCCGAUUUCACAGUCUGUUUGCACCCUCCUACACUUGCUCCACCUUUUGAAACCACAGAAACAAAUGAUUAUUUAGCAGAUGCUUUUAUCCAGAGCGACUUGGAGAGACGGGGGGGGGGUUGGGUGAACUCUGCAUCAACA